AUGCGAAGCAAGUUUCCGAUUUGCGCCAAAAAGCGAUCAAUCAUGGUCUUCCGUCACCCCAUGGCAGGACGACCUUUUCAUGGCAGGCUACUCCUGCUGUUGGCGACCGUUCCACUCCUAAGGAGCAACUUCGUCUCCCAGGCUGCUGGACGUCCCAGAGCAGCUGUGCGCAAAUCCGCUUGUGCCGCCUCUGGUGGAACGUUUGAGGAGAAUCGUGAGGCUUUGAAGGCUUGCCUGGCCAGGGAAUACCGAAGCUUCUUUCGGCCCUUCGAGGCCGACUUCUAUGACGAGGACGUGAGCUUCACGGAUCCUUUGAAUCAGCUGAAGGGUCAGGCCAGCUACAAGGCCAAUGUGGAGAUGCUCUCUGGGAACUCUUUGAUUGGGAACAUCCUGUUCUCUGACGCCUUUAUCGACUUGCACAGCGUAGAAGAGGUCCCUGGAGAAGCCACGCGCUUGCGCACCCGGUGGACCUUAGGAUUUGCCUUCAAGCUCCUUCCGUGGAAGCCCAGAGCGCUCUUCAGUGGUGUCUCCGAGUACACCAUUGAUGAGCGAAAUGCCAAGGUGCUAACGCAGCGGGAUUAUUGGGACACCCUGAGCUUGGAGAAGGAAGGCGAAUAUGUGCCUGAAGUCCCCCUCAGCGGAUUGAAGGAUUUGGUGUCCCAGCUACUUCCAGAUCCACUGAAACCUCUAGAGGCUCAAGAGCCCCGUGUGGCUGAGGACGCGGGCUGGGCACUUCUGCGGCGGGCGAACGUCUACCGUGUCUAUCGGGACCAGUCAGGAGACGUUUUCGCUCUUGCAGCUCCUGGAUAUCGCGGGGGCUUGGCUGGCAUCCGGCAGGAGAUGAAGGCCAAGCUGGCUGCAGGCAGAGCCACCGCCGCGUCAGCUCCCUGCCGAUCCCGACCUCUCCUGACCACAGAAGCUGCGACGGAGAUCCAUUUUCGCGUCCUCGAUUUUCGCCCGCCGAAGGGUGUGCCCAAAGAGUCGCUGCCGCUGUUUCGUGCGAAACACUGGUCGCAUCUGACUGGGGGAUCGACAAAACAAGCGCUCCCGGUGACCUUUCAACUCGGGUGGUUUGAGCCGGCCAACUCUUGGUACCGCAGCUUGGAGGGCUACCAGGUCUUUGCCGAACGCGGAGCGUGUGCGAUGUGGCUCUGUCCUCCGGAACCAGAAAGAGAGAAAGCCCAAGCCUCAGCUAACCCGAAGGCUUCGUCCAAGCUGGGAGUGUCGACAGGCAAAGACCAGGGCUAUGCAGCUACCUCUUCCAGACAUGACCGGGGCAAAGCAUCCGAUGAGAAGCGAAAACUUCUGCGUGAGGGCAAAGCAUCCGACGAGAAGCGAAAACUGAAGGAGUCGGAGGAAGAGGAACCGCCAGAUGAGACGGAUCCAAACUUGACCGAGGCGGCCCACACCGUGCGACACACGUGCGACACAUGGACUGAGGAGGAGCAAAAAGCUCACAUUCGGCAGCGCACAUGCACAGAUGCUGGCACCUCAGUGGUGAAGAGCAGUCGAGGUGGCAGCACCUUUAGGUAUGUUGAGACCGAGAAGCAAGCUGUGAAGAACUUCGAUGGUACUUUCUGGAAGAACUCAACCUUUGUCUCCCGGCUAGUGCUUUGGCAGCACUUCUUGGAAUCGCUGAGUAUUGAUAAUCAGACCCAGCAGGUGCAAGAUAUCAAGACAUUCACCUUUGCACAUCGCUAUUGCUUGCCACCGGAGCGGGCGGACAAUUUCUUUGUUGAGCAACUUAGCAGCAGGCAGGUCGCCAGCCAGGCAGGUCGAAAGGCCGCCAGUGACAUGUCCGAGCGACAGGUGGUCUACAGCUUUCUCUUCGUCUGUACGGCGGGUCCCAUGGUGACUUCACUCUACUUCCUCUAUGGCGCCUUCUACACAGAUUUUAGCCUUGACUUCCUCUUGCCCACAGCGGUCACCACCAGCGACCGAAACUGGGACAUCGUCAUUGCCGUCGUCACCAUGUUGGUCGGCAUUGGGCCGCCUGGAUCGGACCGAACAGAGGGUUGGUUGCUUCUGGUGCAGCUUGGCCAAGUUUGGCGUCCGAGACCGAGGGGCGGCAAGAGUGCGAAGCGUCAGAAGCGUCGGAAUCAAUUCGCACAGGGCUUUAGCAAUCAGUUGGAGAACAUCUUGAGUACCGCGGACGCGGCAAGUGGUGAGUACAUUGAGGCUUUGAUUCAGAGCGAAUUGGCAGCAGUCAUUCCUGUGAUCUUUGUUAUUUACAAUCGCGAUCAGAAGGCCAGUCUUGCAAAAGAGCUCAGUGCGGUAGCUGCGAUUGACGAUCAGAGAGAGGUUGUUCGGCAGUACCGGGAUUCUGGUAUCUUUGCGAUUGAAGUCAGGAACUCGUGGGAAGAUUGCAAGCGGCAGAGAGCAGCGGUUCAUUCCGCGCCCUGCCCGCAAGCGGAGGACGCUGAGCUGCCAAAGCCAUUCCUGGUGAAGCCCAGUAACCUUAAGGACUUAAAGGUAAGUUGCCCAGAAGCAUCCCGCUUUUACGCCAGUGAAGUUCGAGAAAACGUCCCAUUGUUCAAAGAAAGGGUGAGUAUUCUGCAUAUGCCCGGGGAGGUUGAUGAAAAGAAUGAUUUAGGUGAUUCGUCAAAAGCCUUAGAUGAAGAGUCUGAUGGGUAUGAGCCAAGCUUAGCACCAGAAGGCGCAGCAGCGCCGCCAGACGAAGAGGCUGUGGAGCAUUCGUCGAAUCAUUCCAUUUUACAUCUUCCCAAGAGAGCGGAUUGCCCCAUUUGUCAAGAAGCAAAGCAAGACGCUGUUCCUGCUAGGUGGGGCUUUGCACUGAUGGUGUCGCUCGGUGAGGUCGUAGUGGCUUACACAGUGCUGAUUUGGUACAAUGCCCCUCUGGUGGAUGGUAAGAAGAAGGUGCCUUGCCUUCCAAUCAUCCGAGCGGUCUUCAUGGGCCUCACCUACCACUUGGGAAGUUUAGCCUUCGGGGCCGUCAGAGGACUCGGUCUCUUGGGUGGCUUGAGCCCAGGGAGCUCUGAAACGACUCUCUCGGCGCCCAUCUGCUACGGCGGCCAACUUUUGCUGGAGACCUUCUCAAUCAAAGUCUUGUCUUUUGAUGGGAAGCACGGGGUCGUAGACAUGAAGGCUGUGGGUCCUCAGUCCGGCGAGUGUAUCGGCUCAGAAUUCCAAACGAAUGACAACAAGGUGACGAUCGAUGACAAGGGAUGCUUGGGAGACAGCGAGUAUGAAGUGCGGUACUGCCCAGACCAGGACCAUUUCAUCGUGAAGGUCGAGAAACCCGUGGAGGCGGAGGUGAUCCUUGCCAGUCAGCCGUGUCUGGUGAAGGAACAGCUCACAGACCAGAGAACCUCUGCACUUCCGGUCUUCAGGACCUUUGUACUUGCUUGUUGGGGGGAGACUUUGAGAGGAGCUUAUGUGAUGGUGGCCGUCAAUUCAGACGGAUAUUGUAAAGGCGCUGAUAGGGCUAUCUCCUUGGUGGCCCGCGACUUUGUGGCGAUCGGGGCUUUGGAAGGAUCGACCUUUAUCUUCCAGGCACCCGACGCGAUGCGGUUGUCGACCGGUCGUGUCGACGCCAAGCGGUUGGCGACAGGGCUCGAGACCUGGGAACGCAUUGGACAGGGACGUGAGAGACGUGAGAUGAGAUUAGAAGGAAGAACCAUGAGCUUUCUGGACAUGGAACCAUCGGCUUUCUCCAUGGAUUUCAAUGUGAUUUUCAUCCAUCCUGAAGUUUUGCGAAAUGCAGAGGCUUUGGGAAAUAUCGCCAUCCCUGGGUUGGGUGGAUACUUCACAUACCUUUUGGUCACACAGCUGGAGCAGUUUAGCACGCCGGGGGAGCCCGACUACAUCGCGCAGCCGAAGCUGAUUGCAGCGGCGGGAGGCUUGAUUUGCCUCGGUGUCUCGGUCUCCUUCAUGGCCAUCUUCGACACGGUCUCGGAUGCCAUGCUCUUCGCCUUCAUGACCGAUGAAGAUUGGAGGAGAGAGCAUCGGCUACCACCAAACCCCCACAUCCCUGAGACACUUGGCAUUGAAGAAGGGCCUCAAGUAGGUCCCAGGCAGCUUCGCUGCUGA